AUGUUAGGUUUCUUCUUCUAUGUUCAACAUGCAAUAAUUCUGGCCUAUUAUGUAUAUCUACAUACUCACAGGAAACUGGCGCUCUACCCAAAUGGAAACAAGAAGAAGAAUGUGAAAGACUUCAUCUCUGUCUACUUGGAAAUGGCUGGGGUAAAAUCACUUCGGGCUGGUUGGGAAGUAUAUGUUGAUUUGAGAGUGUUUUUGCUUGAUCAGAAUACGGGAUCGUACUUGGUUCUCCAAGAUCCUAAUAUAAAGCAAAAGUGCUUUCAUGGGGCGAUGCCUGAUGCCGGUAUUGAUAAACUCAUCUCACUGAAAGAAUUUACUGAUGCUUCCAAUGGCUAUCUGGUAAAUGACGACUGCGUGGUUGGAGCUGAGGUCUUCAUUUGUUCAGAAAAAAGAGCAGCCAAGGCAGAGUUUCUAUCAAAGAGCUAUUAUUCUUUUACGUACAAGCAUUUUUGGAACGUUGAGAACUUUUCGAAGUUAGAUGCCAUACUCGACUCAGAACCAUUCACCGUUGGAAACAAGAAAUGGUACGUACAUCUCUCUAACUUAACUGCAUGA